AUGGCUACUCUGAGUGUUAUAGGCUCAAGUUCACUUAUUGCCUAUGCCGUAUUCCAGAAUAUACAGAAAUCUCCAGAGAUAAGGCCACUCUUUUAUCUGAGCUUCUCUGACCUUCUCCUGGGGAUAUGCUGGCUCACUGAGGCGCUUCUUUAUGGAACUUCAGCAGCCAAUAAGGACAUUGUCUGCUAUAACUUGCAAGCAGUUGGACAGAUAUUCUACAUUUCCUCAUUUCUUUACACCGUCAAUUACAUCUGGUAUCUGUACAAAGAGCUGAGGAUGAGACACAACCAGAGUGGACAGAGCACAUUUCCAUUGGUUAUAGAUUAUACUUGUCACGUUGGUCAAAUAGCCAUCAUUUUGUCAAGCCUGAUACCUCUGCUGUUGAUGAUACCUGUAUUCUGUCUGGGCAAUGUUAGUGAAUGUUUCCAUAACUUCAGCCAGAGCCACAGGUGUAUUCUGAUGUACUCACCACCAUCAGUCGUGGCUGAACUGCCUUCUGCCAACACAUCAGUCUGUAGCACACUUUAUUUUUAUGGGAUCACCAUUUUCCUGACCACCUUUCUCCUCAGCCUCCUCACCAUUGUGGUCUUACUCAUCCAAGCGCAGACUCUGUAUAAGAAGUUUGUGAAAUCAACUGGCUUCCUGGGGAGUGAACAGUGGGCAGUGAUUCACAUUGUGGAGCAGCGAGUACGCUUCUACCCAGUGGCCUUCUCUUGCUGCUGGGGCCCAGCUGUCAUUCUGAUGAUCAUGAAGUUGACUAAGCCACAGGACAUGAAACUUCACAUGGUCCUCUGUGUUCUCCAGGCUCUAACAGCGUCAUCCCAGGGUCUGCUCAACUGUGGAGUAUAUAGCUGGACACAAUACAAGUUCUACCAACUAAAGCAACAGGCUCGGCGUGAUGCAGACACCCAAACACCAUUAUUAUGUUCACAGAAGAGAUUCUAUAGCAGGGGCCUAGAUACAGUGGAGUCUACCCUUGGUUUUGCUACCAGCCCUCCACCAUUCUUUGAAACUGUAAUACUGGAACAUCCAGGAACCAGAACUAUUCCACACUAA